UAAUUUGAAAACGUUUUGUUACUGCUCCUUUGACUAAUAUACGAAAUUGUAGUUAAGCCUGUCAAUGACAUUAAGAGAAAGAGAUGAUAGAUACGGUAUUAUCACGUAAAAGAAAGAGAAAAAUACUGAGAUGAAUUGAAUCCAGUAUUAUCGUUGAUUCAAGGUGGUUGAUUUGAGUAGCUUUUUCUUUUCAGAGAUAAUUUUUGCCCAACUUGUGGCUAUUUAAAUAAAUGUAAUUUUUAAGUUAAAUGGUAAGGGAGUUAAUUAACCCUUCUCAAAAUGGAUACUUUUGACUGGACUGAUUUUUUGGAGAAGAAUAAUAGCAGCCAAGUUCCUGAAGAAUUAUUUUCUCAUGUGGAAGCCAGCCUCAACAACGGCAUCAAGCAGGGCAUGCUGCUAGAAGUCUGCCACAAGACCAACCCGGAUGUCUACUGGCUGGCAGAGAUCACCAUGGUGUGUGGGCAUCUCCUGCGCAUCAAGUUUAUAGGGGCACGGGAAGACUUCUGGUGUGACAUCUCUAGCACUAAGGUGCACCCGCUGGGCUGGUGCGGGAAGUAUGAUGAACAGGUGGAGCCACCAGACGAGAUAAACGAGAUGUACGGCGACCGCAUCAUCGACAUCAUGAAGGAGGCUCUUCAAGACGGCUCCUCCGUGUCCAUAGAAGCGCUCAACAACAAGGGCCUGUCGCCCAUCGACCGCGUGCGCGCCGGGAUGAAGGUCGAGGUGCAGAAUGUCAUCGACCCCUAUCGAUACUGGAUUGCUACCGUGACAGAGAACACGGGUGGGCGCCUGCUGCUGCGCUACGACGGCGCGGGCGACGACUUACCCGACACGUGGCUGUUCUUCUGCAACCCGCGGCUCAGCUCCUUCGGCUAUGUCACUAAUAAAGGCUCACCCUGGCAGUUCAAGUAUCCGGGGAAGGUGAACAAGUUCUCGUGCAAGAACAAGCUGAGCGCGCAGUUGAGGCUGUGUGCCGAGGAGAGCAUCAAAGAUCCCACGCCGGCCGAUUUGUUUCAGCCAAACCAGCAGUUGCUAGAAGUGCACAACUUCGUGACAGGCAUGAAGCUAGAAGCCCUAGACCCACACGACAUGAAGUCAUUCCGCCCGGCGACCGUCCUCAAAGUAUUCAACAACUACCACUUCCUAGUCGUCAUCGACGACCAUCAAGAAGACUACGAAGACACUAAAAUGGCCUGGCUUUGCGACUCCUUACACCCAUAUAUUUACCCCAUAGGAUGGACGCAGAAAAACGAGCUGCCAUUUAAAAAUCCGAAGAUAUGGAAGGAAGAAGUCUUUGAUUGGGAUGAGUAUUUGACUAUGACGUCUUCGGUCCCAGCUCCGGAAUACUGCUUCGGGAAUAAAGAGCCAGUCAAAGGGAUGGAAAUCAACAUGAAAUUGGAGGCAGUCAAUCCGUUGAAUCACGAGGAAAUACACGUAGCUAAUAUAGAUGCUGUAGUUGAACACAUGAUAUGCGUGGAACUGCUACCCAUUGGGGAGAAAGCGUGGUAUUCACAGAAAAGCGACUUGCUCUUCCCAGUGGGAUGGUGCGAUAGUAACAACUACGAGUUACACAUUCCAGAUCCGAACCAAAUACGCGAAUCGCCGAAGCCAGUGAGCAGACCGAAAAUCAUUGAAGUAGUGAAGCAGCAGUCAACUGAAGAAUGGUGCGACAGGAUUUAUUUCAACUACAAAUGCUACGCCGGGCCGUAUAUAAGUCGCAAUAAGCUGUCUCAGUUGCCUAAACACGUUGGUCCGGGGCCAUUGUCGCUGGUGUUGAAGGAAGUGCUGAAUAAGAUUAUAUCGGCGUCGUAUAAACCGGCUAAACUGCUCAAGGAUUGGGAGACGGAAGGGCCGCCUGAAGAAGGAAUGAGGUUGGAGAUGCUAAAGGCCAAACUAAAAACCAGCACCUAUCACGCGUACGUGCCCAUCACGACAUCCGCCGCGGGCGUGUGUGCGUUCUGCCGCGCGGUGUGCGCGCGCCUGCAGGCGUGCCCCGGGCUGGUGGGGCCGCGGGACCGCGCCGCCGCCUGCCCCGACGCCUGCCAGACAAGGGACAAGGCCAGCUUCCAUAACAACACAGGAGAAAGGCGCGGACGCCCGAAAGGCAGCGUCAAACGCAAGAAGAAGAAGGGACCGCAAGAGAAGCCGAAAGAACAGCAACAGUCACAAGAGAGCGAGCGAGACAAAGAUGGCCGGGACUCCCCUGAGAGUGAACACAGCAACGGAUCCACCCCGCCCUCAGAACCCGGCACCAGGCCUAACACCCCAGAUAGCGACUCAAAGGACUACAAGAGAAGCCAACGCAAGAAACGAGAACCAAAGAACAACUACCCAAAACUAGAGAUGAAGACCAGAGGUGCCAAGUUACCGAACUUCGCGCAGCAAAUGAAAGAAGCCCACUGGGAUAAGAAAGACGUAGAGACCAUUUACAAUAACUCUUGCGCUAACAAGAAAAGUUCACACGAUUCUGACACUGAGAAUGAAAGCAGCCGUAGCACGAAUUCUAGGGACAAAAAUAUUUCAGAUGUCUCAGACAGCGAAGAACCAGAGCUGAAGAAACUAAAAUUCUCGUCGCAUGACCCGCUGCCGUCAGAUAAUAAGUUAUUUGAAAGCGACAUGGCCAUGGCUUGGAUGAAGGGAAAACUGAAGCUUUCUUCCAACCCCUUAGACUGGUCGGUAGACGAUGUCCACGCCUACCUUAGCAACACUGAGGACUGCAAGUUGAUCGCCGACAAAAUGCGUCAGGAAGAAAUAGACGGGCAAGCGUUCAUAAUGCUAGAUCUACCCAUUAUAAGAGAAUUCUUACACAUGAAGAGAGAGUUUGCACUGCAACUCUGCAAACAUAUUACUAUGAUUAGGUGGUAUUAUAUUGUUAAUUUCGAAGAUGGUGAGGAUUAAUGUCGUAUUUAUUGUUUUUAUGUGUCUAACUAGUCGUCUAUUUAUGAAAUAAAUGUAUGUUGGUAUU